GAGCCAGCCGCCUGCUACGGCCGCACGUGCUCCCGCUCUGCCACGGUUCUGGUAACUUCGGGCUCGGUCCCGCGUGGGGCCCUGAGUCGGCCAUGGCGGUGGUUACAGCGGACACGCGCGUGUUCCUGGAAGUGCGGAGACGGCUGCAGAGCGCGCUGCUGAUCCUGGGUGAGCCAGAUGAAGGAGGGAUGCAGCUGGACGUUUCCAUAAAGCCCACCUCACUUUUGACGAGAACGCCUGACGGCUGCACCGAGAUCCAGCUUCCAGCAGGGGUCAGGCUUGUGCCUUCCUCGUGCAGCGGCCUGCAGUACAUCAGUGGAGAUGGUUUGCACAUGCGCCUGCAGGCCCAGGCUGAACCCAGGCAACAACCGAUUUCAGUAUUUGAUCAAAACUUGCAAGCCCAAGAAUGUUGCACGUUUUCUUGCCAGUCCUGCGGUGAGGUCAUGGUAAAGGACAGGAAGCUCCUCAGGGUGCUCCCACUGCCGAGUGAGAACUGGGGCGCUCUGGUUGGAGAAUGGUGUUGUCAUCCUGACCCCUUUGCUAAUAAGCCUCUUCAUCCACGAGAAAACGACUGUUUUAUUGGGGACUCUUUCUUCCUAGUGAAUUUGAGAUGUGAUUCGGAGCAGGAACCAAAAGCAAAUACCAAAGUCAUUUGUAAGCGUUGCAAGGUAAUAUUGGGAGAGACCGUGUCAUCAGAAACGACUAAAUUUUACAUGACAGAGGUAAUUAUCCAGCCAUCCGGGGGAAGUUUUCCUACCAUACCAAGGUCUCGGUUUGUUCAGAGUGUUAUUGCCCAGUGCCUGGUGGACCUCUCCUCUGCUAGAAGCACUUUCAGAUUCACAAUUCAAGGUCAGGAUGGCAAAGUGUACAUCUUGCUCUGGAUUUUAAACUCAGACAGUUUGGUGAUUGAACCUCUGAGAAGUUCCAGGUGUGUCAGGAAGUUCCCACUGUUGGACGAUACACCGGAAGCUGACUCCGACUCUGCCUGGAACGCUGUCAAAGUCCUGUACCAGCCCUGCAUCAAAAGCAGGGGUGAAGCGCUUGCCAGCUUAUGGGAAAGUGACAUCAGCGUCCACCCGCUAACUCUGCCCUCUGCGACCUGCUUGGAGCUGCUGUUGAUACUGUCUAGGAACAACGCCUCCCUGCCACCGUCCCUUCGGCAGAUGAACUCCUUUCAGCCUGCCUUACUCAGGGAAGCAGGCAAGAUGUAGAUGCAGCCCUGGGAGUCUGGGACCUCCUGCUUCCAGAACAGGAGACAAGAACAGCGGAAAAGGGGUGUUUUCUUUACUGUGCUUUGAAACAGGAACACAGUAUCUCAUCCCCAGAAGAAGAGAGACUCUGGCCUGUGUGCAGACAUGUGUUCACAGUGCCUUAGAGACAGUAACACAGCCUCUGGGGAGGCCACUGACUACCACGUCUCUAAGAUGGAACACAGGCUCU